AUGAUCAUAUCAUGACACUUAAUUAUUUCCUAAGACAUCAUGCAAGCGAUCAAAGGGGAGGUGAUGCAGAAACUAAAAAUGGCCAUCAAGAAGAUCAAGAUUCUCCUAAACUUGGCUUACAACAAUUGGAGAGUGGCGGCGGCGACGGCGAUUUCCGGGAGAUCGACGACGAGAAGGUUGAGCUUUGGCGACAGGCCGGGAUUGAGAGCCUAUGUGGCCGAGGAUGAUGACGAUUAUGAUGAUAUUGAUGGCCUAGAUUUGUGCCAUGAUCAUGGAUCCACUGAGUCGAGUUGGAGAAGAAGUCGCCGUCUCCGCCGUGCAAUGCGCCGUUGGCCGGAAUACGACGUCGACAUUGACGUUGACCGGAGGGCUGAAGCCUUCAUAGCAAACUUUCACAACCAACUCAAGUAUGAAAGACAGAUUUCUUUGGAGUGUCUCAAUAUUUAGGAUAGUAUUUGUUACCCAGUGUUUGUUUGUAGGUUUUAGUUUUGGGAUUUGGAUUUUUGAAUAGUAAAAAAUUAAAUUUGAAUGGUUGUUUGAUGUGAUAUAAGUAGAGAUUGAUGUAAUCCUUUGAAUGUAAAAUAAAUUUAUAAUAUAAUAUAA